AUGAGAGUUUCAACCCCAGCCCGCGCGCUUGCGGCGCUUACUUUCGUUUCUACCUCUUCUGCUCUUACCAACUCUUCUUCUGACUCUGUUUCUGCCACUCUUUCCAGUGGAUAUGUCCAGCUAGGUUCCUUCGACGAAGCCUACCAAAAAGCCAAGGCCUUCGUUGCGACCCUCGACAACGCCGCCAAGGUUUCAAUCAUCACCGGUCAAGAUGUGGCCAGCAACAGCACCAGCGGCAGCUCGUGGACCGCCCUUGCCAACAAGGAUGGUGUCUCGGGCAUCAACUACGCCUUCUACGUCUCCGGCUUCACCAUGGCCAACGCCCUGACCAUGAGCUGGAACCGCGAGCUCAUCGAGCAGCAGUUCCGAGCCGUCGGCGACGAGUUCUACGCCAUGGGUUACAACCUCAUCAACGGCCCCGAGCCCGGUCCUCUCGGCCGUGUGCCCUACGGCGGCAGAACCCCCGAGAGUUUCGCUGCCGACCCCUAUCUCACCGGUAUCGCCAUGGGCAAGGCCAUCUCCGGCAUGAACUCCGCUGGUGUCAUCGCCGGUGGCCGUCACUUCCUCCUCAACGAGCAGGAGACGAACCGAUCUUCUGGCAUUUCCGCCACCACCUCCGAAGUCUACACCUCCAACGCCGACGACAAGACCAUCCACGAGGUCUACUCCUGGCCCUUUGCCGACGGUGUCAAGUCCGGCAUGAUGGCUGUCAUGUGCGGCAUGACCCGCGUCAACGGCACCCUCUCGUGCGAGAACAACGCCCUUGUGAGCAAGCUUUUGAAGAAGGAGAUGGGUUUCCUGGGUCUUGUCUUCCCCGAUGUCAACUCUCAGACCACCUCGUACGGCUCCGCCAUUGCUGGUCUCGACUACGGUUCCAGCUCCCUCUGGACCGAGGACAUCCUCAACGCCGGAAUCACCAACGGCAGCUUCACGCAGGAGCGCCUGGACGACAUGGCCAUCCGCAACGUCAUUGGCUACUACUCCGUCGGUCUCGACAGCGGCAAGCAGCCCGCUACUGUUUCCUCUUCCACCGAGUACCGCGACGUUCGCGGUAACCACUCCAAGUUGAUCCGCCAGGUUGCCGGAGAGUCCAUCGUCCUCCUCAAGAACUCCAACGCCUCCGGCGCUGGUCUUCCUCUUCGCAAGCCCCGUACCAUCUCCCUUUUCGGAGCUCACGCCGGCCCUGCUCUUGCCGGACCCAACCAGCCGUUCAGCGUUCAGGGUACCGACAGCGAUGUCUACCAGGGACAUCUCGCAUCCGGCACUGGCUCCGGUCAGCUGUCCCUUCCUUACCUCGUCACUCCCUUCCAGGCCAUCACCGCUCGCGCCAUCGAGGACAACAGCAUGAUCUGGUGGCUCCUGAACAACACCUACACCUCGACCUCCUCCGGCGGUAUGGGUGGCGGUGGCGGCAGCCCCCCUGGCGGAAUGACCGGCAACGCGACGACCGGAGGUGGCUUCCCUACCGGAGGUAACAGCACCGGAGGCGGCAUGGGCGGCGGCGGUGGUGGUGGCGGCGGCCUCGGCAACCUCGGCCAGGGCACCGCGACCACCCCUUCCUUCAGCAACUACGCCGCCAACUCCGAGGUCUGCCUGGUCUUCAUCAACUCCUACUCCGGCGAGGGCGGCGACCGCAGCUCGCUCUCCGACGACGACCAGGACACCAUGGUCACCUCGGUCGCCUCCAACUGCAACAACACCGUCGUGGUCGUGAACACCGCCGGCCCCCGCGUCCUCGACGCCUGGAUCGACAACGAGAAUGUCACCGCCGUCCUCUACUCCGGCCUCCUCGGCCAGGAGAGCGGCAACGCCAUCACCGACGUCCUCUACGGCGACGUCAACCCCAGCGCCAAGGUCACCCAUACCAUCGCCAAGAAGGCCGCCGACUACCCCACCUCCAUCUGCGUCACCGCCGAGUGCGACUUCUCCGAGGGCGUCUUCAUCGACUACCGCUACUUCGACUCCAAGAACACCUCCGUCCGCUACCCCUUCGGCCACGGCCUCAGCUACACCACCUUCGCCUACGACAAGGUUGAUGUCACCGCUACCAACAAGACCGCCCUGGACUCCAAGUACCCCACCAGUGCUCUGUUCCCCGGUGGCCAGGCCGAUCUGUGGGACGAGGUCGUCAGCGUCAAGACCAAGAUCCAGAACACCGGUGCCAUCGAGGGCGCCGAGGUCGCUCAGCUGUACAUCUCCUUCCCUUCGGAGGCUGCGCAGCCCGCUCGUGUCCUUCGCGGAUUCGAGAAGGUCAACGUCGCUCCUGGACAGGCUGGCGAUAUCACCUUCAGCGUUCGCCGUCGUGAUCUCAGCUACUGGGACACCGCUGCUCAGCAGUGGGCUCUUGCGAAGGGAAAGUACACCUUCGCUGUCGGUGCCAGCUCGCGUGAUAUCCGCGGCUCUGCUGAGCUCACUAUCUAA